AUGCCUCCAAAGAGAACAAACCAUUCUGCCAUUAGACUUGAAGAAGUUGGGAUGGAGGUUGAUGCUGUAUCAGACAGUGGAAGUGAAGACGAGGCCAGGAGGAGAGCUAAAAAUAGAAGAGCCAAACCACAACGUAGAGCCAAAAAGAUCAGCGAAGAUGAGGAGGAUGAAGAGGAUGAGGAUGAGGCACCAAGGAAAAAAGGACGAAGGAAAAAGACCAAGCCACAGGACAGCGAUGAAGACGACGAGGAAGUCAAGCAGAGUGUGAAAAGAAAAACUUCAAAAGCUUCCAGGAAGAAACCUAAGGAGGAGAGCGAUGAGGAAAGCGAAGAAAACAACAAGAACAGAAAAAAGCAAGGGACAGCCGGGUCCAAAAAGGAUAAAGAGGAGCAGAACAAGAAGAACGGGAAUGUUAAAGGGAAACAUGGGAAGGAUAAAGGUGGGGAGAAGGACAAGAAAAAGAAGAAUGGGAAGAUAAGCAGCUCUUCCUCCUCGUUCUCCUCUGGUUCUGAUGAAGAGUCGCUGUCGGAGGGAGAGAUGGCAGCCCUAAAGGAACAGGUGGAGGAGAAGAAGAAGCUGAUCGCUACGUUGAGAAACAAACCCUGGCGCAUGAAGAGGAGACUCGUACUGCUCAAGGAAGCCCAGGAGUUUGUUGAAAAAUUUGAAGGAGCUCUCGGGAAAGGAAAAGGCAGGAAGCUGUAUGCAUACAAAGUCAUGAUGGCCAAGAAACUUAUCAAGUUUAAACGUGACUUUGAGAACUUCAAAACAGCCUGUAUACCCUGGGAGCGAAAGAUAAAGGAAGUAGAAAGUCACUUUGGGUCAUCCGUGGCAUCCUACUUUAUUUUCUUGAGGUGGAUGUACGGUCUGAAUAUGGUCCUGUUUGGGUUCAUGUUUGGCCUGGUGGUGCUGCCUGAGAUUCUUAUGGGUCUUCCCUAUGGCUCCAUUCCCAGGAAAACUGUGCCCCGAGAGGAGCAGGGAACAGCCAUGGACUUCUCUGUGCUCAAUGACUUUGGAGGAUACAUCAAGUACUCCUUUUUGUUCUAUGGGUACUUCAACAACGAGCGAAGGAUCGGGCUGCUGCAGUUCAGGCUGCCACUGUCAUACCUGCUGGUGGGCGUUGGCAUCUUUGGAUAUAGCCUGAUGGUUGUCAUAAGAACGAUGGCUCGUAACGCCAAUGAAGGAGGGGACGGUGCGGAGGAGGGAGAGUUCACUUUCAGCUGGAAGAUGUUCACCAGCUGGGAUUAUUUGAUAGGAAACCCAGAAACUGCAGACAAUAAGUACGCCUCCAUUACAACCAGCUUCAAGGAAUCCAUUGUAGAUGAGCAGGAGAACCAGAAAGAUGAGAACAUCCAUCUCCGACGGUUCCUCAGGGUCCUUGCAAACUUUCUGAUCACGUGCAGUCUGGGAGGAAGCGGAUACCUCAUCUACUUUGUGGUGAAGCGUUCUCAGGACUUUGCUAAAAUGGAGAAAGAAAAUCUUUCGUGGUUAGAAAAGAACGAGGUGGAGUUUGUGAUGUCUCUGCUGGGGUUGGUGUGUCCUCCUCUAUUUGAAACCAUCGCAGAACUGGAAGAUUAUCACCCUCGUAUUGCCCUCAAGUGGCAGCUGGGACGAAUCUUUGCCCUCUUUCUGGGAAACCUUUACACCUUCCUCUUCGCACUGUUUGAUGAGGUUAAUGAAAAGUUGGAGACAGAAAAGUCCAUCAAGAAUGCCACUGACUUGGCUUUUCACCAAUACUACACCAACUACAGCUCCCAUUACAACACCACAGAUGUGCCUCCUCAAAAAGUGCACCCAGCUGACGUCAUCAGAGGACCCUGCUGGGAGGAUGCAGUGGGAAUAGGAUUUGUGAAGCUGAUCGUGUCGGACAUGCAGGUGACCUAUUUGACCAUCUUGAUUGGUGACUUUGCGCGAGCUGUCAUUGUCCGCUUUCUUAACUAUUGCUGGUGCUGGGACCUGGAGGCUGGAUUUCCUUCAUAUGGAGAGUUUGACAUCAGUGGAAAUGUGCUGGGGCUGAUCUUCAAUCAAGGAAUGAUAUGGAUGGGGGCAUUUUACGCUCCAGGCCUGGUGGGUCUGAACGUGUUGCGUCUCCUGUCCUCGAUGUACUACCAGUGCUGGGCAGUGAUGUGCUGUAACGUUCCUCAUGAGCGAGUUUUCAAGGCCUCGCGUUCCAACAACUUCUACAUGGGCCUGCUGCUGCUUGUGCUCUUCCUCAGCCUGCUGCCUGUUGUCUACACCAUAAUGACCGUGUCUCCGUCAUUUGACUGCGGGCCGUUCAGUGGCCAGGCGAAAAUGUACGAUGUGAUCAUGGAGACUAUUGAACAGGAUCUGCCAUCUUUUUUGGCAAAUAUUUUUACGUAUGCCACCAACCCUGGACUCAUCCUACCUGCUGUCCUGCUCAUGGUGUUGGCGAUCUACUACCUGAAUGCAGUGUCAAAGGGAUACCAAAAUGCAAACCUUGACCUUAAAAGGAAGAUGAAAAUGGCUCGAGACGAGGAGAAGAACCGCAGGAACAACAAGGACAGCACUAAUGAAGUGAUGAAAGAUCUGGAGGACCUGCUGCCUAACAAGUCUCUGAUACCGCCUCCCAUUGAGGAAGAGCCCCCUCCUGAUGUCGUAGUUGAUAAGGGCGCCAAGUCUCCCAAAAUAAAGCCGGGUGCAGCAGCAAGAGGAGUUAAUCUGCAGAAGGAUGUGUCUCUGGCUGCCCCAAACCCCAGGGCUCCAGUAACCCGUGCACCAGGGCCAAGAAGAGGGCCUCCUGGAAAUGCUAGGAGUCCUCAACCUGGACCUGGGAGAGGAAGAGGUCGGGGGGGACAUCCGAGUCGAUGA